AUGGGGGGCGACCUCCCUCCUAUCACCCUCCACCUCCUCCACACCAAUAUACUCAUGAAGAGACACCCCAACCCAUCUCCCCUACCCCCGAAGGAGAAUAGGAAGGGGCGGCGACCCCCUCCACCAACCAUCCCUUCCACACUAAUUCCCUCAAGGGCAUCUGGUGAUAAUGAAGCCCUUAAUGACUCUAAUAAACAGCCCAAAUUGUUGUCAGGACCCAGAUGGUCUUCUUUGAUCCCCUUACCACCUCUACCUCCACCACCACCACCUCCUCCUCCUCCUCCUCCUCCUCCUCCUCCUCCUCCUCCUCCUCCUCCUCCUCCUCCUCCUCCUCCUCCUCCUCCACUCUGGCGGCUUGUCUCUGUAUUUAUAGAUUAUACUCUGGAACGGUUUACAUCACAACAACAACAGCAGCAACAAAUUGCUUGA